CUUGGUUUUAUUUUUAAUCUUGAGCUACCGUGUUCAUGUCACUCGGGACUUGAUCGUACUCUUUCAAGUAAACAAGCUAGCCGGAAUAUCUUGGACGCCCAGCUGCAUCCAAAUAUUCAGCCUUGCAAUUGCUAUGGCCUAGCGACGCCAUCUGCAGGUACCCCCGAUAACGCCCGGCUCCUGGCGCAUUCGAGCUUGACGCUACAUCGCGAGUCUUUUCGUGGCCCGACCCAAUACUUGUUUUAGCAACAGAAGCAAUCGCCAACGAUAAUGUCGGAAAAUAAACAAACGGAACAGCGCCACCCGGUGGAGGCACACGGCACCAAUGAUGACCCAGAGGAUGUCACCAAGUCUAUGGGCGAGACUGUACCACAGGGAAAGACAUUCGACUUGGGUGAAGAAGAUGCUAUAUCCAUCACUGAGAAACCAAGGUCGGAGAGGGCAAGCUCCUUUUACGAGACUUCGAUCAUGGACCGGGAAAUCCCUGGCAACCGGUUGAUGCAUACCGAAAAGUCUACACCAGCCCCGUACGACGCUCAGCAUCUUUCUUUGGCCGACGUUCAGCAGGUUGAUGUGCAGAUUCGUGACUUGCGAGUCUCUGUCAACACCUCACCUUCGAUAUGGGACCCGUCGACUUAUAUGGACCUGGCCAAGGAGACCUUUGCCAGAAACAAGUCCCAAGACUCCAACCAUAUCAAGACGCUACUGCAGUCCGUCUCCGCGUCCCUUGCGCCUGGAACUCUUACUGCCAUUAUUGGUGGUAGCGGUUCCGGCAAGACGACCAUGCUGAAUACGCUUGCCCAGCGGGUUUCCAGCUCUCGACUCUCGGUAGGGGGAAGCGUCGCCUUCCGCGACAUCAGUGGAGGGCAAGGACUCGACGGCCCGGGUGGAGACAUACAGUCGGUUCGGUAUGCAUAUGUUAUGCAGCAAGACAUUUUGCUUCCCACGCUGACGGUCCGCGAGACGCUGCGGUACUCGGCCGACCUACGACUGCCGCCUUCGACCACGACUGAAGAGCGCAUGCGGGUAGUGGAAGAGGUCAUUCUUGAGUUGGGUUUGAAGGAAUGUGCAGAUACUAGGAUCGGAGACCAUGCGCACAAGGGCUGCUCUGGUGGAGAGAAGAGGAGGGUGAGCAUUGGUGUGCAGCUGCUUUCAAACCCCUCGGUUUUGUUCCUCGACGAGCCCACGACUGGGCUUGACAGCACCUCGGCAUUCCAGCUGGUGCGGACCCUAAAGACCCUCGCGGAGAAGGGACGGACAAUCAUUACCACCAUUCAUCAACCAAGAGCAGAGAUCUGGGAGCUCUUUGAUAACCUUGUCGUCUUGACCAAGGGAAGCCCUGUAUUCUCCGGACCAGCCAAUGAGUGCGCCUCUUGGUUUGCCGACCUUGGGUACGAGCUGCCACCGUUUGUAAACCCCUGCGAGUUCUUCAUCGACGUCUCGGCUGUGGAUAACAGAACACCCGAGAUCGAGGAAGAGACGACCACCAGAGUAGCCAACCUCAAGGCGGCCUGGAAUCGGGAGUCCAGCCGGCGCUACCCUCCGGCGUCGGCCGGAACGCAAGUCACAUCCCGCAGGGCCAAGUCCGAGGCGCGGAAGCAUGCUUCGUUCCUGCGCCAGGUCCAUGUCCUCAGCGACCGGACGUUCAAGGUUACGUACCGCGACCCCAUGGGCAUGGCGGCCUCGAUCGUCGAGGCCAUCUUGAUGGGUCUCUGUACCGGCUAUCUCUUCUACGAUCUGGGAAGGGAUCAGUCGGGCAUCAGGUCCCGUCAGGGUGCACUUUAUAUAUCGGCAGGUCUUCAAGGCUACUUGUUUCUGCUCUUUGAAGCUUACCGCCUCAGCUUGGACAUUCCUACGUUUGACCGCGAACACAACGAGGGCUGCGUCGAUGUAAUUCCGUUUCUCCUUUCCCGAAGGUUGUCUCGCCUGCCGACUGAAGAUUUUCCUGUGCCAUUCAUUUUCAGUGCUAUUUUCUACUUUAUGGCCGGUUUUGAACGAGAAGCACACAAGUUUCUGAUUUUCUUUGCCGUCAAUUUUCUGAACCACUACAUUGCCGUUACCUGCGCCAUGGUGUGCAUUUCUGCAAUUCGUCAUUUCCCCGGAGCAAGUCUGCUUGCCAACUUGAACUAUACGCUACAAAGCAUGGCGUGCGGCUUCUUCAUCCAGUCAAACACCAUCCCUGUCUACGUCCGCUGGCUCAAAUGGAUCACCUACACGUUUUACGUCUUUGGCUCCUUGUGCGGCAACGAGUUUGAAGGGAAUUUCUACGACUGUCCUACCAGCAAUAACCAAAACGAUCCGAGCUGUCGGCCAUACACGGGCGCCUUUAUCAUGAAUGCGCUGGGAUUCCCCAAGAACUGGGUUUGGAAGCCCAUCGUCGCUCAGGUGGCAUUCGUAGUCUUUUUUUACACUGCUGCUGGUUUUGGUCUGCGGUUCCUGAAGACAGAAAUGACGAUUGCUAGAUCUCGUACGAGCGAGACAGAUUUGUCUUUUGGCAAGGAGAAGAUGAACGCUAGGUCCAUCGCAGAGGUCAGGGCUAUUGAUGUUGGCCUGGACGACUUCACCCUCAAUCUUGAAAAGAGGUCGGCCUUGGGCAAGAAGCUACCGACCAAGGUCAUUCUCAAUCCCGUCACUACGACAUUCAGGUCAGGACAGAUCAACGUCAUCAUGGGCCCGUCCGGGUCUGGUAAAACUUCAUUGCUCAACGCCAUGGCUCUUCGACUUCGCAACACGAUCGGAACAAAGUACCGACGCUCGGGCAAGAUCUCGUUCAAUGGUGCUGAACCUUCUGAUGCCGUGAUUCGGUCUUGCUGCUCCUACGUUUCUCAAGACGACGACGCUCUUUUACCUAGCCUGACAGUGCGCGAAACCCUGCGCUUCUCUGCCGGGUUGAGGCUCCCGUCUUGGAUGAGCAAAGAGGAAAAGUACAAGAGGGCGGAAGAGGUGCUGCUCAAGAUGGGUCUCAAGGACUGCGCCGAUAACCUCGUGGGCAACGAUCUUAUCAAGGGUAUCAGCGGUGGAGAAAAGCGUCGUGUGACUAUCGCCAUCCAGAUUCUCACCGACCCUCGGGUCCUUCUACUUGAUGAGCCGACCAGCGGUCUGGAUGCCUUUACGACCUUGUCACUGAUGGAGCUGUUUGCCGGAUUGGCCAGUGAAGGAAGGACAUUGAUUUUGACCAUUCAUCAGGCUCGAUCGGACCUUUUCCAGCAGUUUGGCAACGUUUUGCUGCUGGCCCGUGGUGGCUCUCCCGUCUACUCGGGGCCGGCGGGACAGAUGGUGGAGUAUUUUGCCCGCCAUGGAUACCGCUGCCCGGUCAAUAACAAUCCGGCCGACUAUGCUCUAGAUCUCAUCACCAUUGACCUGCAGCACGCUGAUAGGGAAGCUGCCAGCAGAGAAAAGGUUCAGAGACUGGUUGAGGGAUGGAAGACGUUCGCCGAGGAACAAACCCGAAGAGGACUGGAGCAGGAGAACAAGGAAAAGUCAAGCGGAGGUGGCACUGCCAGCGGUGUACUCGCCCCAUAUCCAACUAGGCUGUCAGAUAUUCGUGAAGCCGAGGAGCCAAAAUCUCCCUCCGAAUCUGUUGCGCCGGCAUCCGUCGCGCAAUCGAUCGCCCGACCCGAUCCAGCCCUGUUCUCAGCCGCGUCGCGCCGCUCUUUCCACAAAUCCAAGCUUGCUACACCCGCCGAGCUGGGUGCCAUGGUGCGAAAGCGAGCGAGCUUCUUUACAGCAUCUCCUAUACUGAUGCACCGUGCCUUUGUCAACUUCCGCCGCCAGCCGCCGCUCCUCGUCGCCCGCAUGAUGCAGGUCCUCGGUCUCGGCAUAAUCCUGACGCUCUUCUUCGCGCCGCUCAAGUCCGACUACUACUCGGUUCAGAACCGGGCCGGCUUCAUCCAGGAGAUUGCCGCUUUCUACUUUAUCGGGAUGCUGCAGAACGUCGCCGUCUACCCGGCCGAGCGAAACUGCUUCUACGCCGAAGACGACGAUGGCGUCUACAGCGUCGAGGCCUUCCUGACAACAUACACGCUUCUGGAGCUGCCCUUUGAGAUAGUCAGCUGCAUGCUAUUUGGUGUGCUUGCCGUAUUUGCCGUUGGCCUCCCGCACACGGCCGCCAUGUACUUUGUUUGCACGUUUGUCUGCUUUGGCAUUGUGAGCUGCGGCGAGAGCUUGGGGAUGAUGUUUAACACUUUGUUUUCCAACCACACUGGGUUUGCUAUUACUUUGACUAGCGUUUUCCUCAGCAUCUCAAACGCUAUGGGAGGAAUCAUGUCCAUCGAUAUGCCCGCGAUUUUUAACGCCUUCAACUACAUCAGCCCCGUCCGGUUUGCCGUCUUGGCACUGGCGCCUUAUACGCUCAGGGGUGUCCGGUUCUCGUGCGAUGCCUCCCAAAGUCUCCCCAACGGACAAUGCAUCAUCUCGACGGGCGAGGACGUGUUGAACCUCUACAAGCUCAACGUCAACGGCACGCUGAACCUGGGACUGUUGAUGGCGCUCGCGUUUGCGUAUCGGGUCGUGGCGUGGGCUCUGUUGAGAGCCGUGAGGACCAAGUGGAAAUGAGUCAAGUUUUCACCGUUUUCGGGGUAACUGUCCCCCUGUAUAUAUAUAUACUUUCUGAAAGGGGGUGGUUGGUGGUGCCCGGGAUGUCAUUUACAUCAUUAACCUGUCUAGAUCAUAUGACUUUGUAAUUCCAC